GGGCGCUAAACGAAAAAACAAAGUUGAACAAAAUUAUUUUCUUUUAAAAUUGCAUCUAAACAAAGCGCGCCUUCUAGAUUGUUUACGGCAGUAAAUCCCACGGCAGUAAAUCCUGUAUACGCAUAGCAAUAGCCACUACAUUGAGUAUGCUUAUGACGUUUAUUUUAUAUGGUAUUCUGAAAGAUACGAAAGCAAGUGGCUCUUUGUUUCAAAAUAUCUUUGUCGACCGAACACGUGAUCAGCUUCUAUACACACGAUGUUGGUGGAACAGUCAGAGAAGUAUAUUUAUCGAUAAGUCUAUUUUUCUUGCAUUCUAUCAUUCUAGUUAAUAAAACAUACGAAUAUUACUUUAUUAAUGAAGAUAAAUAUAAUCUUCCUAUAUUACUUCCAAUUAUUGUUAUAUAUAUAUCGCAGUUGGUUUGUUUUAGUCUAGAAAAAAUAAAUAUUUAUGUUCGUCCUAUAAUAGUUACAGUAAUGUGUGGUUGGUUCAUUGCUCGCUCAUUGGAUGGUGUUGACCUUUGGUAUGAAGUGAAUUUGAUUAAUGUAUAUUAUCUUAUUUGGCAAGUGAUGCUUGUUAUUACAAAAUGGGAAUUAAAACAACUUCCUAUAUUCUCACCUGAUAUUAAUCGAGGAUGA